AUAGCAUUCAGCGUCCGUUAUCAAACCACCGCAACUCUUAUCUCAUAAUCGUGCGAAUUAUUACAUUUUCAUUUUAAAUAACAUUCUUAUUCUUAUUCGAUUGUUCGAUAGCUUAUUUUAAUUUUCGGAGCCAUUCGUUUUACCAUCUAAAUAAUUUAUAUAGGAAAAAGAAACAUGCUGUCGACAAUUUGUGCCGCUCGAAAAUUUUCUACAUCGGCUGUCACAAAUCAUAUAAUGAAACUGACUCGUUUACGUGUGGUUGACAAUAGUAAAAUUGGCAAGCAAGCAAUGGCUGAAGGUAAACCUCCUCGUUGCAUACAUAUUUAUAAUAAGAAAGGUAUCGGCACAAUUGGUGACAAGAUAUUGGUUGCCAUUAAAGGUGAAAAGGUUAAAGCUAUAAUUGUUGGUUGUGUUAAAGAACAGAAAGCCAAUAUACCAAGGUUUGAUAGUAACAAUAUUGUGUUGAUUGAUGAUAAUGGCACCCCACUUGGAACGCGUAUAAAUGUUCCUAUUCCAAUUAUGCUUAGAACUAUAUUGAAAGAAAAAACUUUCUCCAAAGGAGCUGAUUAUACUAAACUAUUAGCAAUUGCUUCAAACUAUGUAUAAUUGAAUUAAUUAAGUUACUUUAUACAUACAUAUAUAUAUUUAUAAAUUUAGUUGUA